GCUAACAAACAGCGGGACGUUGAAGAGGUAACUUAAGUUCUUAAGAUAGUUUGAUAAUAAACGCGAGGGAUCUAACACACAUUAAUAACCGCCAGAGUCCCAACAGGUGUCCGGCGCUCUGAAGCUAAUUAGCCGUAAUUGCAAUCAUCGUUGGAAGGAUCGCCAUUUUGUAUUGAAUCGACCGUUAGUAGACCGAUGGAGAACUUCAUCCUGUAUGAGGAACUUGGGGCCGGCGCUCGUUCUGUGGUCUAUAAAGGAAGAAAGAAAGGCAAUCUUAACUAUGUGGCCAUCAUCUGCGCUGAGAAAGCCAAGAGACCUGAGAUCACUAACCAUGUGCGUCUCAGUCAAGAUCUGGAUCAUCCGAACAUAGUGUGUUUCUACGAGUGGUACGAGACGAGUAACCACCUCUGGUUGGUAGUGGAGCUCUGUACAGGUGGUUCCCUGGAGUCUAUAAUUGGUCAUGAUGGAUGCCUGUCAGAAGAUGUGGUGAGGAGGUUCGGAUGGGACUUGGUCAAAGGAUUGAAAUACAUCCAUGAACUGGGAAUCAUUUUCUCUGAAUUGACCCCCGCUAAGAUCCUACUGGAUGUCAGCGGCACUCUGAAGUUUGGUAACUUCUGUCGGUCCAAGGCAGACGGAGAGACGCUGGAGGACUUCUUUACCAUGUGCUCUACAUCUGAGGAGGCUGGGAAAGAAGAUCACAACACACGGACGAGAUUAAAUGGUCCUCCAACUUACACAGCUCCAGAGGUUUUGAAGGGAUCGGAAACCAAUAUGAGAUCAGAUCUCUGGGCUCUGGGUUGUACACUCUACUACAUGUUUACUGGUAAACCUCCGUUCUAUUCUGAGAGCUCCACUGACAUUACAGAGAUGAUCUUACAUCAGGAACCACCACCUCCCAGACAGACAGUGCUUUUAGCCAGUCCUCCCAGUGAGGACUUCCUGAAUAUUCUGCAACGCUUGCUCAACAAAAACCCUGAUAAGCGGAUGGACUGGCCAGAGUUGUUGGGCCACUCUUUCUGGACACAAGUACUAAUGGAGGAAGAAGCAGAAGAAGUAGAGGAGGAUGAAGGAGGGGAUCGGGAGGAAAUAAGUAGCUGCGAGGGGGUCGUUAAAGCUAGCUUGAGAUACACAAGGAUCCCGGACCCCUUCCCUCCAGGACAUGCAGACAAGCACGCCCAGCCGCCCUCUGGGAUGUCUAAGAAACUAGUUUCAUCACAGACAACAACUUCAACAACUUCCCGGCCAUCUGACAGAAGGACUGAUUGCCAACGAGCUGUCAGACGCACCGCGAGUGGAGCUUUAAGGAACGACCGGGGCUUUGAUGGGGAGACGGAGAAGGAGAGAGGAGGAGAGGCAAAGACAGAAGAUGACCCCAAGCAGAUAUACCACACACUGCAGCCAAAUAAGUCAUUAAUGCUAGAUAACGUAUCAGAGCUCAGGCCAAAGAGUGGUGUGGAUGAGGACAACACGGAAGCCAUUUUUCUGCUCAGCUCCUGUACCACCUCAAGGAGAAGCUGCAGUAUCUCAGACUCCCUGAACCAGACCCAUGCCCCUCAGGCCAAGACUGCCACUGACAUCACAGCCUCUGUGAAAGCUCUUCUCCACACUGACUCUGAUCUGAUUGUUACCCAAGUCAUGGACAACCCCAAGAUCCUUAAGAGUCCUGCUCUGCGCUUUGAUCCCAAAACCCUUUGUGUGCCAGCAUAUUCAGUCGAGAAGCUGCGGUCCCUGAGUGAUGAAGAGUGGACCGUCUUCCUCUUACAGCUCUGUUCAUCUCUUGAAGAACAGAGCUCUUCCACCGCUCCUCCUCCUCCUCCUCCUCCUCCUCACUCCACAGCCAAUCGCUCCAGGCUCAACCUGCUGUGCUACCUCUGUUGUGCGGUUGGACAUAAAGUUAUCGCUAACAGGCUGCUGAACUCGACACUGCUUCCUGUAUUGACCCAGCAGUUACGACAAGCUCCAAACUGGGACAUACGGAGCAAGGUUCUCAGAGUGAUGGGUCUACUGGCUCUGCACUGCACUGAAUUGGGAGAGGACAGCCCGGUUUCUGAGGCUGUGUCCACGCUGACGGACCUCUUGAGAGAUAAUCUGAGGAAUAGCAAAAUAAAGCAGUUCCUGCUGCCACCACUGGGGGAGCUCCUCUACCUCAUCGCCUCUCAGGAGGAGAAGAGAGGCUCCCCAGAGGGACUGUGGUUCGUUCCCGCUGCCGCCUACACUGGCUUAAUGAGGAGCCUGCGGGAAGGGGAUGAUUCCACAGUUCAUCACAUGGCCGCCAAAGCCAUAGAGAACAUAUCCACUGCCGUCUCUGGCUCCUCCCACCACCUGGUUACCACGGAGAUGGGGUCCGCCCUGUGGUACCUGUUCACCCACUCCACUGUGGAGGCUGUCAGAGUCACCGCCAUCUCUGCUCUUUCGAGGCUAACCAAGGUGGUCCCGGCAGUCUUCUUGGCAGUGAUUGACACCUGUGGCCCUGAGGCCAUCUUGGAGGGCGCUGGCGGAGCAGGGGCCAGAGUCCAGCAGCAUCUACUCACCGCCAUGGCCGCCGCCCUGCUCACCUCCAGCAUCCAAACGCACCGCGUCACACAGAGCAGGGGUUUGGUGAUGAAGGUUCUGAGCUGUCUUGAGAGUCCGUCCACAGUCACAAGAGCCAAGGCAUUUCUAAUGCUACUGCUGCUAAUACAGGACAACACACACACACUGCUAUACUGCUGUCAAAACAGACUCGUGAUGCACCUGGAAAGAGACCUUCGCAAAGCCACGCCCCUCAGAGAGAACCCCAGCCAAUCAGGAUACCUGGCCCAGUGUCUGGAUUUACUGAUUGUAUAUCUGAGUGGCACUGCACUACUAAUACUGGAGGAUGUCCUUAGUGCAUUACGAGGUGUGAUCGGGAGGAAACACCCAUCUACAGCUCAGACCAAACAGCUUAAACACACUCUGCCGACAAUGUCUGUCGUGCUGGAACUUCUUUCAUCGCAGGUCUUCAGAUGCCGAAUUGUAUCUGAAGAGUUUCUAGCUCAAAUUGGAUUUCUCCUGAAGGAUAUCACCUCUAUCGAGUCCAAUGAAACAAAUCUGACCAGUGCUUUGGGUGCAGAAGUAUGUGAAGAGUUGAUUAAGACAUCUCUGUCCGUCGUGGAAGUCCUGAGUCAGCACCAUGCUCUCAUCGCUCCACAUCACAGUGCUGUUGUGGACGCCAUCUUGCCUCCUCUGACAACACUGGCGUUCAGCAGAAACGUGGAGUGGUCUGUGUUUGUUUUGAGGGUGCUGUCCGAACUCAGCCUCGUCCUGCUGCUCCAGGAGAGCGAUGGAACUGAGGAUGAGCAGACGGAGGGAAAGACGGACGGAAGAGAGGAAGGAGGAAGGGCAGCGGGGAGGAGAAGAGACGACGGAAGCUCCCGUAAUCAAAUCGUAGCACUCGUUACUACAACUCUGCUUCCGAGGUACGAGUCUCUUCUCCGAGCGGCAGAGCCCAUCCCACUCUACGCACUCAAACUGCUGGUAUCCAUGACCGAACACAGCACACAGAUCUGCAGGUGGAUCAAACGCAGUAGGAUCCUACCAACCGUCUUUCAACUCAUUAGGGCCAACAGCAGCUACGUUGCCAGUGGGACGCUCCAGAACGCAGUCUCCUUGUUGUGUAAUCUAUAUGGGGGUGCAGUCUCGGACCUGGAGCCACAAUACCAACAAGGCCUCGUAGAGGUGGUGGUGAGCACCCUCUCAGAGGCUGCACUCGUCCACCUGGACGGAGGGGGACAUGCCGGGAGGAACGCCGUCCAUCUUGUGCUCCAAGCCCUCUUGGAACUGCUUCACGACAUCCUAAAACAAACAUCUGUUGUGGUCCGCUCCGCGCUGCAGAGCCAGAGGCUAUCUUGUCCAGCAGGAGAGGUGGAGGCAGCAGAGAAGCUGCUCCUAGAAAACAGACCCCUGAGCCAACUCAGCACACACCUCAUUCACAUGCUGUCCUCUGAACACCAGGAGGUUUGGGAGGACUCUCUUCAGUGUCUGUCCCUCCUGGUCCAGCUGUACGGAGGAGAGCUCUGCGACUGCCUGUCGCCUUCCUGUUUGCAAAGCUUUUCACACGUGUUGCACACACACAUGCACGUCGAGACCCCCCGGAUCCAACGCACAACACUUAGGAUCAUCAAACGACUGGUGCAGACCACAGAGCGACCCGAUUGGUCAGAAUGUCCUGAAGGAGCGGCGCUGAUUGGUCUGCUGCAGGACAUAACGACGUCCAACAGGUGUCCAGAUGUCGCUCCGCUGGCUGCUGAACUCCAGAAGAUUCUGGAGACCAAAACAUUUCAUCAACCUUGAACUUUUAAAAAGAUGCUUGUGACGAGUCGUCUGCUUUGUUCUGUUUUUUUUAAAUAAAAAUACCUUCAGUUACC